AUGUUGAUCAAUGCAUGGUUAAAUGUUUCAACUGACCCUAUAGAUGGUACCGGCCAAAAGGAUGAAACAUUUUGGAAUCGAAUUCACGACUAUUAUGUAGAAUUUAGCGCUGAAAUGAAAAUGGGGAUAGUUGCAUGUAAGAAACGAUGGUAUAAGAUCAAUAAGGCAGUUGCACAAUUUUCUGGUUGCUAUGAUCUAGCUAGUCGAAACAUAAGAAGUGGUUCGAACAGGGUCGAUGCAACUGAGAGAAGAGGCUUAUCAUCACCACUGCAAAAAUGUACUGCUGCAAUACGGAUAUUAGCAUAUGGCGUAAUAGCUGAUGCUAUUGAUGAUUAUGUACGCAUAGGCGAGAACACUACAAUUGAAUGCUUGAAAAAAAUUGUUGAAAGUGUCAUUUCGGUGUUCGAGGAUGAAUACUUGAGAAAACCAAAUUCGAAUGAUGUACGACGCCUGCUACAAAUAGUGGAGGGUCAUGGCUUUUCCGGCAUGUUAGUUUCUGGUUCAAAUAGCGAUAUCAACGUGUUAGAUCGUUCACCAGUGUUUGAUGAUAUUCUAAAUGACCGUGCUCCGAAGCAAAUAGUAUUUAUUCUAAGUGGAUCACAUUUGUCAAAUCAAUAUCAAAACCACAAGGGAAGAAAUACAAGUUAUUUGCACAAUAUCAAGAAGGGUAAAGAAAAGACGUGA